AUGUCUUCAGACGAUACUUUUAGAAACAGUAGUCAUAACAUUCUCCCAUAUGUAGAUGGGGUUUUUAUUGAGCCAGGAGUGAAGGAGAGCAUAGAUAAAAUACAAGUUGGUUCACUGGAUCUCUCUGUAUUCAGCUGCCAGUCGAUGAACCUAGAAGCUAUCAAGCUUGCACAGAGUUUUGAGUAUGAUUCAAAGUCUUUGGAAAGUUUCCUGAAAAGGCUUAUAAGUUCUCUUGAAGUUAACAUGACUCUGUUGCUUGAAUCCAUCUUUGCUUCACUUGAAUUCGAGUCCAGUGACUUCUUUAGUGAAGUAAUUCGAGAAGUUAUUAAGAAAAUGCAAGAGUUUACUCAGUUCCCUUCUACAGAUGAAGACUACUUUUAUUAUCCCGAACACGUAGUUGAAAAAGACGAUUGUGAUUUUAUCUUCCAUUUCACAUUCAUUCUUCGUUAUUUAUGCUGUCCUGUAUAUCGCGGAAAAUUUCAUGGUUUAGUUGUUACGUGCAAGUCGUUAAGACUAAUGGUUCCACUGACUAUAUUAACUCGUAUUAUUCAUGAAUCUGCUCCUCCAAAAAAACUGUUUAGUUUUCUACCUAUCUUUUGCAAAAGCACGGAAAGUUUCUAUAAUGGUCUAAGCAUAGCAAUGAUUUAUCAAUCAUCUGACAUAGACUCAGCUGCUAGGUACUGUGUAUCAUCAUUAAAAAAUGCCCUGGGUACUGGAAUAGGUCAUUCACCCGUCAUCUUAGUCCAGGAAUCUACAUACAAACGUUUUAUUGGUCGUAUAGAAAGCCUUAUUAAUCUAAACACAUCUGCAGAAGAAUUGGAAAGUUACGAAAAGUCAGAAUAUCCACCAUUCUGUGCUGAUUAUAUUCAUGAAGCAAUAUCUUAUGCAAACUCUGUCGGUGCGAAAAUCCUUCAUUAUGAUCAGAAAAUACCAAAUUCUCCAAUAAUUGUUUAUGACAUUACUCCAUCAUCUAUCAAAGUUAAUGGAAAGAGCGGUCCAGUCGCAUUUGUUCUGUGCUUCCGUACUGUUAAAGAAAGUGUGUCUUUACUAACAUAUUUUAUCGAUCAUUUCAAUAAUCAUAAACUUAAUAGAGUUAAUCCGACGAACUAUGAAUGUGCGAUCAAUAUAUGGCAAACAGAUUCAAAUAUCAUAUGGCAACUUUUCCAGAUGUUAUUACUGUCAGGUGUGGACAACGUUUUUGUAAAUGCUUCUAGUCGCCAACUGGCUGCGACAAUGUACACAAGGCUUUUUGAAGUAAAUGGAUCAUCAUGUUUUCCGAGUGAUGUGUCAAAAACGAAUAACAAUGGAACGCUAUAUAAGACAUUAAGUACAGUCAUCUCUACUGCUCGUGCUGCUCAAGUCAGUUCAAUGACCAAAGGUUAUGAAUUAAUCCAAAGUGAGGUGUCUAAAGAUGAAACAUUAGCCGGUGUUCUACCUAAAGAAGAUGUAUUCAAAUACUUCAUGCGUUACACUAGCAAGUUUUUGGGAGGUUCAAAGAAACUUUUCCUAACUGCAAAAAGACAAGAUACACUCCUUAUUCCAGUCGCUCAUCUUUGCAUAAAACCAACUGGACCAAUCGUGCUCGUAAUAAACUGUAAGCUACUGUCUGAACCUAAGAAUUGUACUUUCGUUUUGAAACUAGUAUUUUUUAUUUUAUUCGCAGGUAAUGCUGUUGUGUUACUUCUGACAAAUAAUGACUUAAUUGAUGAAAAAAACUUUUUAGAUAACAUCAAAAAAAUUCAAAAGCGGUUAAGUGUUACUUCUUUGAUAUGUGUACAUAUAUGUACUUGUCCUAUAACAGAACUCAACAGUAUCUUAUCGAAUUUGUGUGAACCUUUAACAGUUUUAAAUAUGGAUUGUGUUGAUGUUUUUACUAAAGACCUACCUAAUCAUAUUUCUAAUUUAUUUUGCUUAUCUAAGCCUGUAACUUUGUAUUGGUCCACAGGUUGUAAUGUUUUUUCUUAA